AUGAGAAACCACAGCAAGAAACGAGGAACAUGUUGCACUAUACUGUGGUUGACAACGACGACAUCCUUCUACGAUGGAGAGGCACUGUCCAUAAUAAAUUCACAAAAAGCAUCACCCAAACGAUGGAGGCAAAGAUUAGGACGACAUUUCACUCCACAUACUGCCACAAGAUUUCAUUCAACUGCUCUUGGAUCAUCGUCAUCUUCCUCAACAGCAACAACAACUCCACCUCUCGAUUGCUUGGAUCCUGAUUUCUUUCUACAACAGGUAGAAACAAGCGUUCGCAAUGCGUUGUCCCAAUUUCCGGACCACGACACCCAAAAUGACAGCAAUAUCCAAGCAGCCCAAAAAGAGUUUCUUCUCACCUUGGACGGUCCUCAACGGGAAUCCUUUGGUGUGGCUCAGAAUUUGCAUCAACGCUUGUCUGGUUUGCGAAAGAACAAUGACUGUCCUCGAUGUUGGAUGCAGCGAGCCCAUUGUAUUUGUCAGGAUUGUCCUCCCAUUUCUACUUCCACCUCUGCACCUCUAUUGCCCCAACUCGACCGCAUAUUUGUAAUCAUGCACCACAAGGAAAUUGCCAUGAAGGUCGAUACCGCCAAACUCAUCUUGGGCGCCUUUCCCGACAAGUGUCGGCUGGUGGUGGCUGGGAUUGGUCCCGAGUAUCAAGCAUCCAUGAAGGAACUUUACGAGGCAAUGGAACUAAAGUCGUCAGCGAAUGAUGGUGAUGACAAUGAUGACAACAAGAACUGUUUGGUGCUCUUUCCAGAUGAGAAUGCAAAAUCCAUUCAAGAGAUUUUGGUGCAAGAUUAUCAUGGACAGCUGCCGAAUAUGUCCAAUGAUGAUGAUGGUUCAGAGGUAAACGAGAAGAUGGAAAACUACCAACCUUAUGAUUUGAUUGUCCUGGAUGGGACCUGGGCCCAGGCCCGAAAAAUACACACCAAGUACAUUGCACCCAUGGAACAAGGAGGACCCAGGAGGGUCCAACUUAGUGAAUCGGCCGUGGAAACGUUACAAGGGGCAAACGAUCAAUCGGGUCAUCAGCUCCGGAGGCAUACAGUGGCGUGGAGACAAGUGGGGACCUACGAGGCAACCAGGCUAUUCUUGAAGGAUUUGGAGCAAGCUCUGCCUAGGGAUGAUUUGCUUUUGUCCUCCAGUUCGGAGUUGAACCUUUCAGCCGAACCGGUUUGGAAACAAAUUGCCAAGUAUCAAUCAAUUUCCAAUGAGGCAGCAAGGAGAGAGAUGGGUCCACCAAGAGAGUAA